AUGUUCAUGGGUGAUAAAUUCGGGCGUCGCAACACGCUCAUGUUCUUCUACGCAUUCCAGUGCCUAUGGAUGUUCCUCCUAGCUGGCCUGGGUGCGAAAGCCAACAAAACUGCCACAGAAUCGAACAUGGUUGUCUCCUCGUUCAUGCUGUACGGCGUCUUCUACAAUAUUGGUGGCGCUUCGAUUCCGUACCUCCUUGGUACAGAGCUUCCAAAUGCAGCCCUUCGUGAGAAGACGCAGGCAUUUGGUACUUCCUGGAAUGUUCUUUGGGCCUUCGUGACCAACUUCAGCAUUCCUUAUAUCAUUAUCGACAUGCAUUUCAGUGUUGGAUGGGUCUUUGAUAGCGUUUUCGCUGUGGCGCUGGUGUACAUGUUCAUAUUCCUGCCAGAGACGAAGGGUCUUGCACUGGAACGAAUCGAUGCGGUGUUCCGCACACCCUCAAUCAUUUUCGUCCAGGGAAGGUCGCGUAAACUAGCGCCGAGCGAGACGUUGGCGUUCUAG